UUGCCAGUUACUUAACUUUUCACUCGUAGCUGAUUUGUGUCUCGUGUCAUUUCUGUGCAACAUGCGCUUGCUAUCGUCGUUCGGCCUCCUAGGCAUUGUCCUGGCCAGUUCCGAGACGCAAAAGACUCUUCCAGCACACGAGCACCAGUCCGCGUCGCCCUUGGACUCGUCUUUCGAUCAAAAAGUCGAGUGGGCCCUUGAACAUUUCAACAUUCCAGGCCUCGCCGUUGCAGUAUCCCAUGGAGAGACUUAUUCAAAAGGCUACGGCGUGUCGGAUAUUCUCACUUCCAGGCCAGUGACAGAACACACUUUGUUCUUUACAGGAAGUACGACGAAGGCCUUCGUCUCUGCCGCGAUCUCCCUUCUCGUUGAUGACGAUAUCAAAUUCCCAGCCGUCCAUUGGGAUACACCGGUCCAUACUCUGCUUCCAACCGACUUUGUACUCAAUGAUCCGUGGGCUACAUCACAAAUGACGAUUAUUGACAUUCUAUCACAUCGCUCUGGCCUCCCACGCCAUGACUGGGUGUGGCUUGCUAACAUCACGCUUCAGGAAGCUAUCAAGUCAAUGAGAUACCUUCCCUUUACGGCCUCUCCGCGGUCGGAAUGGCAAUAUUGCAACCUGAUGUACGGUGUAGCGGCCCAUCUCAUCGAGACCCUCACGAACCAGUCCGUAGAGUCUUUUCUACGAGACCGGAUCUGGUCGCCCCUGAACAUGACCGAGACUUAUCUUUCCCUGGAUGAAGCACAAAGCGCACAACGGGAUAUCUCACAAGGCUACUAUCUGAAUCAGGAUGGCAAUAUUACCUCCACCGAUCGAGUCUCCAUAGAAACUCUCCGCGGGGCAGGCAAUACACUGUCAUCAGUCUCAGACUAUGCGAAGUGGAUUUCCACCAUGCUGAAUCGUGGGCCACCCUUCUCCCAAUCGGGUUAUGCGACAUUGCUCGGCAGCCAUGCGAUUGUAUCCCGCAAUCCUAUCGAACCGUUCCAAACUCCAACACUUUAUGGACUGGGAUGGAUGUUAGACUCGUAUAAUGGCGAGGUGAUAGUAUCCCAUGGGGGAGCUCAAUUCGGGUAUGGAGCGUGCGUUGUUCUUUUACCACGACGGAACUUCGGGCUCGUACUGUUGGGAAAUAACAUGAACGGGGUUGAUGCUGCGGCCAACGUGCUUGCCUAUCAUCUGAUCGAUGAGGAGUUGGGUAUUUCCCCGGAAAGUCGGUUUGACUGGGUGGCAAGGGGCGAUGCUGUGAUCAACAACACGCGACUUUCCGAAGGCUUCCUCUUCGAGCUUUACCCCAAAAUCCCUUGUCCUCCCCUACCAAGCCCUCUUAACUUCUCUUUCUUCGAAGGAUCUUACUCACACCUAGCUUACCCGGACCUGAUUUUGACCAGUAACUGUACCGGAGACGAUAGAAACUAUACGGGGCUGAACCGAACGACGCCCGACCUGUGUGCCUCUUUUGCCAAUUCCAAUGAGUAUUCGAAAGAUAUGGUCAUUGAUCUUUUCCAUAUCUCCGGCACGCAGUGGCUUCAAAUCGCAGUGGGUUGGGGCGUUCCCAGUGCCACUCGGGUCGAGUUUAUGAUUCGUGACGGCUCCGCGAGAUGGCUCGGGAUUGAGAUCGAGCCUUUGAUGGCGGAACGUAAGGAAAAAAUAUUGUGGAAACAUAUGUUGUGA